AUGAGGGAGCCGCUGUGUGGCUGCUGGCCCUCCUGGCUGCUGCUCCUUUAUUGCAAUUUCCAGGUGCACUGGGCCCUCUCCAGGUCGCAAGCCCACCCAGGGUUCGAGGUCCUGCUUACUGCUUCCCAUUACUGGCCCCUGGAGCACGUCGACGGCAUCCACGAACUUCAGGAAACAGCUAGAGACGUCGUGGAAGGCAAGCUGAACAAGGGCAUUUACCUCAAGGAGGGGAAAGGCCUCACGCUGCUCUACUACGGCAGGUACGCGACCUCCUGCAUCAGCAACCCCACCCAGUGCGGCCCUGAAGGGGUCACGUUCUCUUUCUUCUGGAAGACGCAAGGCGAGCAGUCCAGGCCCAGCCCCUCCGCCUACGGGGGGCAGGUCAUCUCUGACGGGUUCAAAGUCUGCUCCAGCGGCGGCAAGGGCUCCGUGGAGCUGUAUACGCGGGACAACUCCAUGACGUGGGAGGCCACCUUCAGCCCGCCAGGGCCCUACUGGACUCACGUCCUGUUCACGUGGAAACCCAAGGAGGGCCUGAAGGUCUACGUCAAUGGGACCCUGAGCACCUCGGACCCCAGCGGGAAGGUGUCUCACGCCUACGGGGAGCCCAACGUCAACCUGGUGAUAGGCUCCGAGCAGGACCAGACCAGGCGCUACGAGAACGGGGCUUUCGACGAGUUCAUCAUCUGGGAGCGGGCGCUGACCCCGGACGAGAUCGCCAUGUACUUCACGGCGGCCAUCGGAAAGCACGUGUGGCUGUCUUCCACGCCGCUGAGCCUCCUCGCGACGCCCACGGCCAGCACCCUGGUGCCCACCGAUGCCUACCACCCCAUCAUCAUGAACCUGACGGAGGAGAGGAAGAACUUCCAGAGUCCCGGGACCGUCCUGAGUUACCUUCAGAACGUGUCGCUCAGCCUACCCGACAAGUCGCUGUCGGAGGAGACGGCGCGGAACCUCACGGAGACUUUCUUGAAGACGGUGGGGGAGGUCCUGCAGCUGCCCAGCUGGACGGCCGUGUCAGAGGACACUGGCUUGGUGCUGGGCUUGAUCGAGACCGUGGACCUCGUCAUGAGCCACAUCUCCUCCAACCUGCAGGCCAGAGAGCCCCAGGUCACCAUCGCGGGCUCCUCCUCUGUGGCAGAGUUCUCCGUGGCCAAGCUCCUGCCCAAAACCCUGAACUCCUCCCACUACCGCUUCCCGGCCCAGGGCCACAGCUACAUCGAGAUCCCCCACGAGGCCUUCCGCAGCCAAGGCUGGACCACGAUCGUGGGGCUGCUGUACCACACGAUGCACCGUUACCUGAACAACAUCCGGCCGGACAGCACCAGGAUUGCCGAGGCAACGGCCUACAAGGGCUGCCCGCUGUCUGCCGCCAGCUACCUCAUCUCCCUGGAGGUGGUCCCGCCGCCCGCGCUCUCCCAGAACUUGUCGGGCUCGCCGCUCGUCACCGUCCGGCUCAGGCACAAGUUGACGAGCAAGCAGCACCGGGAGGCCGCCAACAAGACCAGCCAGGUGUUCCUGUACUGCGCCUUCCUGGACUUCAGCUCCGGAGAAGGCGUCUGGUCAAACGAGGGCUGCGUCCUCGUAGAAGGGAAUCUGGGCUACUCCGUCUGCCGCUGCACUCACCUCACCAACUUCGCCAUCCUCAUGCAGGUGGUCCCGCUGGAGCUCACACACGGACACCAGGUGGCGCUGUCGUCCAUCAGCUACAUCGGCUGCUCCCUGUCCGUGCUCUGCCUGGCGAUCACGCUGGUCACCUUCGCCAUGCUCUCCUCGGUCAGCACCAUCCGGAACCAGCGCUACCACAUCCACGCCAACCUGUCCUUCGCCGUCCUGGUGGCCCAGGUCCUGCUGCUCAUCAGCUUCCACUGCCAGCCGGGCACCAUCCCGUGCCAGGUGCUGGCCGUGCUCCUGCACUACUUCUUCCUGAGCGCCUUCGCCUGGAUGCUGGUGGAGGGGCUGCACCUCUACAGCAUGGUGAUCAAGGUCUUCGGCUCCGAGGACAGCAAGCACCGCUACUACUACGCGAUCGGAUGGGGGUCCCCUCUCCUGAUCUGUGUCAUCUCCAUCUCGUGUGCCAUGGACAGUUACGGAACCACUAACAACUGCUGGCUGUCCCUCCAGAGUGGCGCCAUCUGGGCCUUCGUGGCCCCCGCCCUGCUGGUCAUUGUGGUCAACAUCGGCAUCCUCAUUGCCGUGACCAGGGUCAUUUCCCAGAUCAGCGCCGACAACUACAAGGUCCACGGAGACCCCAGCGCCUUCAAGCUGACCGCGAAGGCUGUGGCCGUGCUGCUCCCCAUCCUGGGCACCUCGUGGGUCUUCGGCGUGCUGGCCGUCAACAACCAGGCCGUGGCCUUCCAGUACAUGUUCGCCAUUCUCAACUCCCUGCAGGGCUUCUUCAUCUUUCUCUUCCACUGUCUCCUGAAUUCAGAGGUCAGAGCCGCCUUCAAGCAUAAAACCAAGGUCUGGUCCCUCACGAGCAGCUCCAGCCGCAACGCCAACGUGAAGCCCUUCGGCUCCGACGUGACGAACGGGACCCGGCCGGGAACAGCCUCCUCCAAGCUCAGCCCUUGGGACAAGAGCAGCCACUCUGCCCACCGCGUGGACCUGUCCCCCGUGUGA